AACUGAGCUAGACGGGCUUCUUGUUGAUAUUGUUCUGAUGAAUUUAUAAUAUCCUUGGUUCACGGGACGGCAGAGAAUAGGUUGAGGAAGGAGUCAUCGAGUCCUGGCAGCUAAAACAUCACCAGUCCAUCUUCCUGUCAUUCCGAGGUGCAACACGGAGCUUUCAGAGAAUGGGGUUUCUAUGGACGAUUCUGGAGCUCUCCGUUGCUCUGCUUCUCCUUCUAUUAUGUGGUUUAGCUUCUGCAAUCGUCUUCGAAGCUUAUAGAAGAAGACAUAAUAACGCUCAUGUUGAAGCUCCGGCGAUCUUCGAGGAUCCCAAAUCUCCGAAACAGGUUCCUUGUCCUUAUAUUUCUGAUCCAGCUGAGAAGUAUUUAUCAUUGAUAAUCCCGGCUUUCAAUGAAGAGUAUAGGCUUCCUGGUGCACUUGAAGAAACAAUGAAUUAUCUUCAAAAACGGGCAGGAAAGGAUAAGACAUUUUCUUAUGAGGUAUUGAUUGUUGAUGACGGAAGCAGGGAUGCAACCAAAAGGGUAGCAUUUGAAUUUGUUAGGAGAUAUGGGGUAGACAAUGUAAGGGUCAUCCUUCUUGGUAGGAACCAUGGCAAAGGAGAAGCAAUAAGAAAAGGAAUGCUUCAUUCACGUGGUGAACUGCUUCUAAUGCUAGAUGCUGAUGGGGCUACCAAGGUUGAUGACUUGGAAAAACUUGAAAAUCAGAUCCGUGCAGUUGCCAGAAAAGAUUAUCAUCACGAAGAUUCAGCAGCUGGUGACUCAAGUUUUAGAAUAUCUGAUAUUCAAAUAGCUGCUUUUGGUUCGCGUGCUCAUCUGGAGGAGAAAGCUCUUGCUACAAGGAAAUGGUACCGCAAUUUCUUGAUGAAGGGUUUCCAUCUUGUGGUUCUAUUGACUGCUGGUCCUGGAGUUCGUGAUACACAGUGUGGUUUUAAGAUGUUUACUAGGGCUGCUGCUAGGAAGCUUUUUACAAACAUCCGUUUGAAAAGGUGGUGUUUUGAUGUGGAACUAGUUUUCCUUUGCAAACGGUUUGGCAUCAGAAUCAUUGAAAUAUCAGUGAACUGGUCUGAAAUCCCUGGUUCCAAGGUGAAUCCAUUGAGCAUACCCAACAUGCUUUGGGAGCUUGCUCUCAUGUCUGUAGGAUACAGGACCGGCAUGUGGAAAAUUCGACCCUGAGCUAGUGAUUCAACUGGCACGUUCCAUAGAAAGAGAAGUGACAGCUAAUUAGAGACAACUUCAAGAUUCUACACUUUUUAGGGAACUUUUGGGAUGAGGUGGAAAUGAGUUACAACGAGAUUGUUUUUAAAUUUUAACACAAUUUAAGCCACCACUUUAUUCUGUUAUUACAUUGUGAUGACUAAAUUGAAGAGUUCCUUUUUUUUUCCCUUUUUUUUUUUAAGUA